GGGUAGUUUCUCCGAUUAGAAAACUCGAUAAGGUCAAUAAACCUAUAAGUCCACGAAAUGACAAUUCGACACUCAAAAUACCGAACAAGGAAAUAAAGAACGAUAAGGUUGUUUUACAAAAAACAGGUAAAUAAUAUUUUAAUAGUUUCAGUAUCUGUAGAUUCUAAGCAAAUCGAAGAAUGUNCAAGUCUAAUAUUUUGAUCCGUUCAUCAAUUUCAGGAGUUAUUUCAACGAUUCGAAAACUCGAAAAGGUCAGUAAACCUAUAAGUCCACAAAAUCACAAUUCGACAGUCAAGAUACCGAACAAGGAAAUAAAGAACGAUAAGGUUGUGUUACCAAAAACAGGUAAAUAAUAUUUUAAUAGUUUCAGUUUCUGUAGAUUCUAAGCAAAUCGAAGAAUGUAUUUGUGUUUUACCAUGUGUAUAAUUUUUCCGACAAUGAACCACAAGUCUAAUAUUUUGAUCCGUUCAUCAAUUUCAGGAGUUAUUUCAACGAUUCGAAAACUCGAAAAGGUUAGUAAACCUAUAAGUCCACGAAAUCACAAUUCGAUAUUCAAGACACCGAACAACAAAAUAAAUAACGAUAAGGUUAUUUUACCAAAAGCAGGUAAAUAAUAUUAUAAAAGUUUCAGUUUCUGUAGAUUCUAAGCAAAUCGAAGAAUGUAUUUGUUUUACCAAAUGUAUAAUUUUUCCGUCAAUGGACCACAAGUCUACUAUUUUGAUCCGUUCAUUAAUUUCAGGGGUAAUUUCUAAAAUUCGAAAAUUCGAAAAGGCCGGUAAACCCAUAAAUCCGGAAAACCACAAUUCGAUAUUCAAGACACCGAACAACAAAAUAAAUAACGAUAAGGUUAUUUUACCAAAAGCAGGUAAAUAAUAUUUCAAUAGUUUCAAUUUCUGUAGAUUCUAAGCAAAUCGAAGAAUGUAUUUGUUUUACCAUGUGUAUAAUUUUUCCGUCAAUGAACCACAAGUCUAAUAUUUUGAUCCGUUCAUCAAUUUCAGGGGUAAUUUCAACGAUUCAAAAACUCGAAAAAGUCAAUAAAUCUAUAAGUCCACGAAAUCCCAUUUCGACAGUCAAAAUACCGAACAAGGAAAUAAAGAACGAUAAGGUUGUUUUACCAAAAACAGGUAAAUAAUAUUUUAAUAGUUUCAGUUUCUGUAGAUUCUAAGCAAAUCGAUGAAUGUAUUUGUUUUGCCAUGUGAAUAAUUUUUCCGUCAAUGAACCACAAGUCUAAUAUUUUGAUCCGUUCAUCAAUUUCAGGAGUUAUUUCAACGAUUCGAAAACUCGAAAAGGUCAGUAAACCUAUAAGUCCACAAAAUCACAAUUCGACAGUCAAGAUACCGAACAAGGAAAUAAAGAACGAUAAGGUUGUUUUACCAAAAACAGGUAAAUAAUANCGUUCAUCAAUUUCAGGGGUAAUUUCUAAAAUUCGGAAAUUCGAAACGGUCAGUAAACCCACAAAUCCGGAAAACCACAAUUCGAUAUUCAAGACACCGAACAACAAAAUAAAUAACGAUAAGGUUAUUUUACCAAAAACAGGUAAAUAAUAUUUUAAUAGUUUCAGUUUCUGUAGAUUCUAAGCAAUUCGAUGAAUGUAUUUGUUUUACCAAAUGUAUAUUUUUUCCGUCAAUGAACAACGAGUAUACUAUUUUGAUCCGUUCAUCAAUUUCAGGGGUAAUUUCUAAAAUUCGAAAAUUCGAAAAGGCCGGUAAACCCAUAAAUCCGGAAAACCACAAUUCGAUAUUCAAGACACCGAACAAGGAAAUAAAGACCGAUAAGGUUAUUUUACCAAAAACAGGUAAAUAAUAUUUUAAUAGUUUCAGUUUCUGUAGAUUCUAAGCAAAUCGAAGAAUGUAUUUGUUUUAUCAAAUGUAUAUUAUUUCCGUCAAUGAACCACAAGUCUAAUAUUUUUAUCCGUUCAUCAAUUUCAGGGCUUGUUUCAACAAAUCGAAAAGUUUAUUUUGCUGUUUUUUUUGUCGUAUUUUACCCGAAAUAGAAUCCAAAAUUUAAUAUUAUAUAGUCACUAUAUUUUGAAUGGUAUUAACAAUUAGUUUUACAUAUUAUCUUGUAUAUAUAUCUUUUUACGUUAAUUUUGAACAUUUUUUGCGGUUUCGCUGUUGUUAUAUAGGUAGACUUAAGUGAUAAAAGUUGAGUUGAAUUUCAAUAUAAAUUGAAUUGUAUUGUCGCGGAAGGAGAGUGAUUUUUAACUUUGUGCACUGGGUGAACUUAAUCGAUAAUUCUACACCCCAACAGACUUUCUUGAUGAGGUCAGGGGUGUACAAUUUUCUAUGCAUGGUUUAAUAUCUAGGAUGUGCCAAUUAGGAGUUUUAACUGGGUAAAAUACGAUUGCGUACGUUCAUUAUCUUUGAUAUCUGUUUAAGCUACACGAUUGCCUAAGACGUUACCUAAUCUUUGGUCACAUGAUUGCGUAUGAAAUUUAAAUCGAUGUUGCUAAUUUUCAUACUGGUAUAAUAUAUCAUACGACUGAACUAGAAAAAAUGUAUAUAUAUUUUUUGUUUUUCCAUAAAUGUUUUUUUUAAUGAUAUCAACGCAACAUAAAAUACAUCUUAACAUACUGAAAAUUUCUUUGUUUCAAAUAUAUAGGUAUUUUCUCCCUGCAGUUUGCCAUUGAUCAUCACACGAGUGUAUAUUUUAUCGACGUUUAGUAAUAUAAAAUUCUAUUAACUUAUAAAAUCCGAAAAAUGAAAAUAGUUAUUGUUUUUAAAUUUUAAUAGACUAGAUCGAUUAUACAAUUAAUUAAUAACAGGAAAAUAAAGAAAAUGGCAAAAUAGUAUUUUAUUCGAAUUUAAAACAGUAUAAAGGCCAUAGCCUUGAUUGAUAGUAUGAAAGUAUGAUGAUUGUAAAAUCCAUACAAAUUUAUUGUAGUAUUUGAAAGUAUAAGGUUAUAGAUGUUAAGAAAUUCAAAUUUAGGUAUUUUAAAAUAAUUAAUUUUAACUAUAAUUUAAUUUAUUAGUAAUAUUAUUCUAAAUUUCUGAUAAAAUUAUAAUACUGGAUAAUUAUUGAGUAUAUAGAAUAUAUUUGACAACGUUGCAAUACGAAUUCGUACGCAAUGGUGUUCUACCCGUUUAAACUUUUCAACUCCCACCUCUAUCAUUUGUAUGAUCAAAUUAUAUAAAUCUUUUAUUUGGAUGUAGUAUUUUAUAGUGUGUUAUUGUGCUUUAUUAUAAAAGAAAAUAGUAUUUGGUGUUUUGCAAAAUUCUGUAAUAGCUGUUCUCGGGUAUUUGUUUGUGUUUCAUUCAAUAGCAUCAUAAUUAAUUUAAGGUCUUCUAAAAAAGUUAGAAAAAAAAAGAUUUAUUUCGAUAUUCCAAAUAACAACAAUAUUACUAUGUUUUUGUAGAAAAUGUUAUGAAAAAAACCGAGAAAACUAUCGAAGACGAUGUACAUCUUAUAGUGAACCAACAUCACGUUGUCGUUCCCGAAUACAUUUGUACAUCUAGUCAAGCAAAUAGAGAAACCGGAAAAACGUUAUGUUCCACGAAUGAUAACAAUGCUUCUAAUUUUUCUAUGACUUUUACUAGUCCACAAUCUGCACUAGAAUUGAAAAAUAAUCAAUCACACGGAGACGGUUCGUUCCACCGCUUUUCAUCAUCAUACGAAUACAACUCCAGUCCAUCGAAUCUGAAACAUGUUCCAAACCAUGUUCCGAAAGUUAUUCCAAACCAUAACAAUAAUACAGAUAUGACGACGCUGGGUGA